GGAGGAGGAGGAGGCGGAGGCAGAGCAAUGCUGAGCUGAUCCCACGUGUGACGAGCUUCUUCCCGGCUCAAUAAUCUUGUGUUGUGGGCUCCUCGUAGCUUAGCUGCUGCCUGUCUCCCUGUGUGACACACAGUAGUCCCAGUGCAGGAGUGCCGCCGCCGCCGCCGCUGUCGUCUGUGUGAGAGAGCCAGGCUGCGGCCGCUCUACCCUGACCUUACCGCUCCGCUCUCUCUCUCUCUGCUCCUCAGCUUUUAUUUUUGUUUUUUAUUUAGUUAUUAUUCUUAAUUUUAAAAACUGUGUCAAGGGGCUAUGGAGGCUGAUGGGAGCCAGGCCACCUCCGGGAGUCCGAACGAUUCUCAGCACGACCCCGGUAAAAUGUUUAUCGGCGGCCUGAGCUGGCAGACCUCCCCAGACAGCCUCAGAGACUAUUUUAGCAAAUUUGGAGAAAUCCGAGAAUGCAUGGUGAUGAGGGACCCCACCACGAAGCGAUCCAGAGGCUUCGGCUUUGUUACGUUUGCAGAUCCCGCAAGUGUAGAUAAAGUAUUAGCUCAACCCCACCAUGAAUUAGAUUCCAAGACGAUUGACCCUAAAGUCGCAUUUCCAAGAAGAGCCCAGCCCAAGAUGGUCACAAGAACAAAGAAAAUAUUCGUAGGAGGAUUAUCAGCAAACACAGUAGUAGAAGAUGUAAAGCAAUACUUCGAGCAGUAUGGCAAGGUUGAGGAUGCCAUGUUGAUGUUCGACAAAACUACUAACAGACAUAGAGGUUUUGGUUUUGUAACCUUUGAAAAUGAAGAGAUUGUGGAGAAAGUCUGUGAGAUUCAUUUCCAUGAAAUAAACAACAAAAUGGUUGAAUGUAAGAAAGCACAGCCUAAAGAGGUUAUGUUUCCUCCUGGAACGAGAGGAAGGGCGAGAGGUCUCCCCUACACUAUGGAUGCAUUCAUGCUGGGGAUGGGAAUGCUGGGCUAUCCAAAUUUUGUUGCAACAUACGGCAGAGGAUACCCUGGAUUUGCACCGAGCUACAGCUAUCAAUUUCCAGGUUUCCCUACAGCAGCAGCCUAUGGACCAGUAGCCGCAGCAGCAGUGGCAGCAACCAGAGGAUCAGGAAUCCCAGAUUAUGGUUUCUAUACCUCGCCCGGUGACCAACGGGCCACGCUAUCGUUUGCGGAUUACGGUUCCAUGGGGCCUCGAGCGGCUCAGAUGCUUCGCAGUGAGCAUGCUGCUUCAGCAAGUAACUCCCCCCUCCAUCACCUUCCCAGCCCGGAUCAGUUUAAGAACCCAGUCAUGAAUAGCUACAGUGCUCAACCGAAUUAUGGAGCACCCGCUUCCCCGGCAGGCACCAACCCAGCUCGACCUGGUGGAUUCCCAGGGGCUAACAGCCCAGGCCCCGUUGCUGACCUCUAUGGAACUGCUAGCCAAGACUCUGGUGUUGGUAACUACAUUAGUGCUGCGAGUCCUCAACCAGGCUCUGGUUUCGGCCAUGGAAUUGCUGGGCCAUUGAUUGCAACGGCUUUUACAAAUGGAUACCAUUGAAACGUUUCAGGUGAUUGGUUGCCAUCUCACUUUGAGAAUUUGUCUGGAUGCCCAGGCAAGACCGGGCGAAGUUUCUGAAUGGUCCCACGUUGGGAUGAUGUCAUCAGACCUUCAGUACUACAUUAUCAUUAGUACAAAAUAAAUAUGCAGAAACACAACUGGAGAUGGCAUUCUGGGGACUGGAAGUGUUUCAAUCUCGUCAUCUCAUGAACCUGCUGCGCUAUAAUAUUCUACAGCUUUUAUUUUUCCUUUACAAGAGAAAUUUGUCAGUUAUUGCAUUUAUCAGUGCUUUGUCGUUUUGUUUUUCCUUAUGCCUUGUCCCUUUUGUUGCAUCUUUUUAAUAUUGUAGAAAAGAUAUUAAUGUUUGAUUAUAUAUUUUUUCCAUGUUUCUUUUCAUUAUUAUUUUUGCAGAGAUUGAACUUUUAAUGUAAGUUGAAAACUUUGGUACCAAUCAUGAAAGGAAAAAAAGUGCUGGUAAUGAAAAAAAAAAAAAAAA